GCGGGGGCGGCGGGGGAGCCCCCGCACGGCGGCACCGGCGACCGCAGCGCCCCGGCGAGCCCGAGCCGCCCCCAUGGCGCUGAGCCUGGACCGCGAGGCCUACUACCGCCGCAUCAAGCGUCUCUAUGGCAACUGGCAGAAGGGGGAGGACGAGUACGCCAACGUCGAUGCCAUUGUGGUGUCCGUGGGGGUGGACGAGGAGAUCGUCUACGCCAAGUCCACUGCCCUGCAGACCUGGCUGUUUGGCUACGAGCUGACGGACACCAUCAUGGUUUUCUGCGAGGACAAGAUUUUGUUCAUGGCCAGCAAGAAGAAGGUGGAGUUCCUGAAGCAGGUGGCCAACAGUAAGGGUAACGAGAAUGCCAACGGCCUCCCUGCUAUCACGCUGCUGGUGCGGGAGAAGAACGAGAGCAACAAAGCCAACUUCGAGAAGAUGAUUGAGGCGCUGAAAGCCAGCAAGAACGGCAAACGCAUUGGGGUAUUCAGCAAGGAUAAGUUCCCCGGGGAGUUCAUGAAGAGCUGGAAUGACUGCCUUAGCAAAGAGGGCUUUGAGAAGGUGGACAUCAGCGCUGUGGUUGCUUACACCAUUGCCGUGAAGGAGGAUGGGGAGCUGAACCUCAUGCGCAAGGCAGCCGCCAUCACCUCCGAGGUCUUCAACAAGUUCUUCAAGGAGCGGGUCAUGGAAAUCGUCGAUGCCGACGAGAAAGUGCGGCACAGCAAGUUGGCUGAGUCAGUGGAGAAAGCUAUCGAGGAGAAGAAGUAUUUAUCCGGGGCGGAUCCCUCCACCGUGGAGAUGUGCUAUCCGCCUAUCAUACAGAGUGGCGGCAACUACAACCUUAAGUUCAGCGUGGUCAGUGACAAGAACCACAUGCACUUUGGAGCCAUCACCUGCGCCAUGGGCAUCCGCUACAAGUCUUACUGCUCCAACCUGGUGCGCACCCUCAUGGUCGACCCACCGCAGGACAUGCAGGACAACUACACCUUUCUGCUGCAGCUGCAGGAUGAGAUGCUCAAGGAGAUGCGGCACGGUGCCAAGCUGUGCGACGUCUAUGCCACAGUCAUGGAUGUGGUGAAGAAGCAGAAGCCAGAGCUUUUGAGCAAAAUCACCAAGAACUUAGGGUUCGCCAUGGGCAUCGAGUUCAGGGAGGGCUCCCUUGUCAUCAACAGCAAGAACCAGCACCGUCUCAAGAAGGGCAUGGUCUUCAGCGUCAACAUCGGCUUCUCGGACCUGACCAACAAGGAAGGCAAGAAGCCCGAGGAGCGGACGUACGCCAUGUUCAUCGGGGACACGGUGCUGGUGGACGAGGACGGCCCCGCCACCAUCCUCACCGCUGUCAAGAAGAAGGUCAAAAACGUCGGGAUUUUUCUCAAGAACGAGGAUGAGGAGGAGGAAGAGGAAGAAAAAGACGAAGCAGAAGACCUCCUGGGCCGCAGCUCCCGAGCUGCACUGCUGACGGAGAGGACUCGGAACGAGCUGACGGCCGAGGAGAAGCGCCGGGCACACCAGAAGGAGCUGGCCAUGCAGCUCAAUGAGGAGGCCAGGCGGCGCCUGACAGAGCAGAAGGGCGAGCAGCAGAUACAGAAAGCCCGAAAGUCCAACAUCUCCUACAAGAACCCCUCACUGAUGCCCAAGGAGCCCCACAUCCGAGAGAUGAAGAUCUACAUCGACAAGAAGUACGAGACUGUUAUCAUGCCAGUGUUUGGCAUCGCCACCCCUUUCCACAUCGCUACCAUCAAGAACAUCAGCAUGUCGGUGGAGGGGGACUACACCUACUUGCGCAUCAACUUUUACUGCCCAGGCAGCGCCCUGGGCCGCAACGAGGGCAACAUCUUCCCCAACCCUGAAGCCACCUUUGUCAAGGAGAUCACCUAUCGCGCCUCCAACAUGAAGACCCCCGGGGAGCAGACGGUGCCAGCCCUCAACCUGCAGAACGCCUUCCGCAUCAUCAAGGAAGUGCAGAAGCGCUACAAGACCCGUGAGGCUGAGGAGAAGGAGAAGGAGGGCAUCGUCAAGCAAGACUCGCUGGUGAUCAACCUCAACCGCAGCAACCCCAAGCUGAAGGACUUGUAUAUCCGCCCCAACAUUGCCCAGAAGAGGAUGCAGGGCUCGCUGGAAGCCCACGUCAACGGUUUCCGCUUCACCUCGGUGCGUGGCGACAAGGUGGACAUCCUCUACAACAACAUCAAGCACGCCGUCUUCCAGCCAUGCGACGGGGAGAUGAUCAUCGUCUUGCACUUCCACCUGAAGAACGCCAUCAUGUUCGGGAAGAAACGGCACACGGACGUGCAGUUCUACACAGAAGUGGGCGAGAUCACCACCGACCUGGGCAAGCACCAGCACAUGCAUGACCGUGACGACCUCUACGCCGAGCAGAUGGAGCGGGAGAUGCGUCACAAGCUGAAGACAGCCUUCAAGAACUUCAUUGAGAAGGUGGAAGCUCUCACCAAGGAGGAGCUGGAGUUUGAAGUGCCCUUCCGGGAGCUGGGGUUCAACGGUGCCCCGUACCGCAGCACAUGCCUGCUGCAGCCCACCAGCAGCGCCCUGGUCAACUGCACCGAAUGGCCCCCCUUCGUGGUGACACUGGACGAGGUGGAGCUGAUCCACUUUGAGCGGGUACAGUUCCACCUGAAGAACUUCGACAUGGUCAUUGUCUACAAGGACUACAGCAAGAAGGUCACCAUGAUCAACGCCAUCCCCGUGGCUUCACUCGACCCCAUCAAAGAGUGGCUUAACUCUUGCGACCUUAAGUACACAGAGGGCGUGCAGUCCCUCAACUGGACCAAAAUCAUGAAGACGAUCGUGGACGACCCCGAGGGCUUCUUUGAGCAGGGCGGCUGGUCCUUCCUGGAGCCCGAGGGCGAGGGCAGCGACGCUGAGGUGGGCGAGUCCGAGUCAGAGAUAGAGGAUGAGACCUUUAACCCCUCAGAGGAGGACUACGAGGAAGAGGAGGAGGACAGCGACGAGGAUUACUCCUCUGAGGCCGAGGAGUCGGAGUAUUCCAAGGAAUCCCUGGGCAGCGAGGAGGAGAGUGGGAAGGACUGGGAUGAGCUGGAAGAAGAAGCCAGGAAAGCCGACCGGGAGAGCCAGUAUGAGGAGGAGGAGGAGCACAGCCGCAGCCGGAAGAGGAAGAUGCCGGCGCACAGCUCCGGCCGCAGCAGCCACGGCCGCAGCCCAGGCCGCAGCACUGGCCCCCCCAAGAAGAAGAGGAAGUAGCACCGGACUUGACUUCUCCCCUGUGGAGCACCAGGUCCCAGCCAUGAACUGUCUUUUCCCUCCCCUUCUUUUUCCCCUACCCUUCUCCGUUUCUCGAGGGUUUUUUUUUCUGGCCAUUUGUACGGACCAAGGAGCUGUGUGAGGACGCCCAGCCCGGCUCUGCCCUCCUGCCUGCUGCUGGCUGCACGGUCCCCCCCAGCCCGCUCCCGAGAACGCUGCGGGUGGGAAGGGGACGGAAAGGCUGCCCCGGACCUCCCCCUCCCCCCUUUUUUUUCCGGCGCUGUCCCAUAUUUAUCUCCGUUCCUCUGCCAGUGGGAGAGGCUGUUUUGGGGGAGAGGAGGGGAGCAGUAGCUCCCAGGAGGGAGGAGCGGGGCAGGUGCUCUCUCUCUUCCUUUUUUUUUUUUUUUUUUUUUUUUUUUGUAGCCGGUAGCUCUUGGUAUUUUCAAAACUUUGGAAGACUCGCAACGUUAAAUAAAAUGUGUGUUUUUUUUUUUUU